UUUGAAAUAAAGCUGGCUAACAAGAAAACUAAAUAGGGAAACCAAAAAUAUGAGGUUAUGCCUUCUAUAUAUAUCACAAACUUGCGAUGAAAAAAAAACACGCAACGAAAGAGAAAUGGGUUCGAAGUCUCCAAAUAUUUCUGCACUUGUGUUACCACUGCUUCUUAUACUCUUCACUCUUUCCUCUCAGCUUGAAGUCGUGGAAUGUAAAGGCCGCAAACUUUCGUGGGGGUUUUCGGGAACGCCUAUCGUGUACACACCACCUUCAAGGUCAUGUGGAACUUCUCCAGCAGUAUUCACUUCGAAGUGGAGGAGACCCCGACCAUGCAGGCUUCCUCCAGGAAGUUAUAUUCCUGCUUCUGACCAAUCUCCUUAACUAUGUGCGUCUGUGUCUUUGUGUAAGAGUUUUCAAGUUCUAUGCAAUAAUAAAGUGUAUGUGGUUUU